AUGGAGUUCCAAAGGAACCCCUGUUUGAAGCUGACCUUGGUCCUGAUCGCAACGUUUCACAGCGUUCAUUCCCAGUUAACCGGAACGGACUGCAGCGGUAAAACCUAUUACUGCUUAAACGAUCAACAGUUCCAAGUUUGCAUAGACCUUCCCGGUGGCAAUUCGCAAACAGUGGACGAUUUAGCCUACCCGUGUCCUUCCGAUUCGUUCUGCGACAAUGCCGGUCAAUCGGAAUGCGAUUCUCAAACAAGACCAACGACGAUGACAACUGUAGCACCAGUCAGUACCACCACCACAAAUUUACCUUCAUCUACGGAAGCCCCUUUCUCCUGCACCAAGCCGGGCCGUUUCCCCAAUAGAAACGAUUGUCACCGAUACUAUACCUGUACGGCUGGGUUGCGUCAAACGGAUUCCAGCUGUAUCUUCGGUAUGGCGUUCGAUCCCGUUGGGCAGCGUUGCACCAGCGAUCAGAGCCCUUGUCAAUCGAAGUUUUCCUGCCAAUCUUCGGGACGUUUUCCGGAUCCUUCGGACAGCAGCAGCUACUUCUGGUGUCUGAGGAUCGGCUCUGGCUUUACGAUGUACCAUAUGAGUUGCGCCUUCGGCCAGCCAUUUGAUCCGAUAAAGGGACGAUGUGCUGGAUGGCUUGGCAUUAGACAGGGUGGCGCUGGAGUACAAGUAAUGCGAAUGGCUUCUCCAGGACGAGGUGGCUAUAACAAGUGA